AUGUCGUUCGGCGUAAUUUCAGACGCUGCCACCAAAUGUAAGCCUAGUUUGGUGUCCCACCCGUCCUAUCCCUCCGUUCCCGCUGCGUCGCGUCGCAUCGCGUCGCGUCGCGUCAGCACCAGCCCCAGCGUUGAGUGCUUUCACAUCAUUCUGCCUGACCAACCGACUGUGGCUGACUUGCUGAUUGACCGACUUGCUGACGAUCCUCUCUACUCCAGUCUUCACCGCACAACGUCCGGCGUGACGGUGUAUACGUCUCCCACCAAGGUCCCUAUCAAGGCUGACCAGCAAGUCUCCGACGCCAAGCUACGUACUGUCCAGCGUACUGCCCACCAUCCUGCCCACCAUAUCGUCAAUACAGUCAACUGGCAUCGCAACCUUCGCGCCGGCUGCCUCCUCGGUAUGGCUACUCUUUGCGGCACCCUCCUCUACCUCGACCGCGGUCGCGACGCCGCGACGGCCUACAUCGACCUCCUGAACAAGAAGGCCCAUGCGGAGGCGGAGCUCAUGAAGGGCAAGGCGGAGCUCGUGAAGGGCAAGGCAGAGCUCGUGAGGGCCGAGGCGGAGAAGAUUCGAGCGGCGACGCGUGCUUCCCCGGCAGGGAAGUAG